AUGUUCGCACCAGCGAUGACAUGUCUUACCAAAUUGCUCAAAUUCGAACAUGAAGGAGUCCCUAGCGAUAUCCGAUGUGAAAAGCUACGUCGCUCAGUUUUAAAUGUGAAGAACGGAAUCGAAAGCCGGCCUUUUGUUGAUCACUGCGACUCAUACGAAUAUGUAGAGGCAACUCUCAGCGAAGCAAAAGCACAGCAGUCACAAAUUUUUUUACUUGUGUUAGGGGGUGGUGGAAGAGGAAAGACAUCACUCGUCCGUAGUCUUAAGGGGAUGCCAUUUCUUAGUGGGUAUAAUCCUACUCAGCUGGCUGCAGUCUCUUGGAUACAAGUGCAUCUAGGGAGUCGGAAGAUUCCGAGGAGUCAAGAGGAAUUGAACGAUUUGGCCUGUCAUCAAGACUCGCUGACAGCUAUACUUGCAAGAUUACGGCAAUCGAAUCCUCCCAAGCUUGACCAGCAAAUGAGUUUUAAUUCGCGAACGAAAACUAGCGAGGUGGUGAAGCAGAAUUCCGAUCCAGUAAUCCGUAGUGGCACCGGAGACUGCACACCAUCGAAAAAGAAGCGCCGAAGGAGCGAUUCUCCUAUUGAUUUUGCUUCGAUAAAAAGUGAAAUGACGCCACAACUGUCGAAAGUUUCCAUCCGUCCAAAUUCGCAGCUCAUCGAUGCUUCUCAUCCGCCAAAAAGAACCCAUGACUACAUAGCUUCUCUGAUGAAGGAUGGUCCUGUAUGCCGGAGAACUUCAACACAGCCCCAACGCCCACUCAUUCAGUGCUGGGACUUGGCAGGACAGUCACAAUAUGUGAUGGCACACGCCUUGUUCGUUAAGAACGGAAACCUAAUAGUGUUUGUCGUUAACUUGAAGAGGUUGCGAGACGAGGAAACUCGUCUGGACGAAGUGAGAGAGUUAUGUCGGUGGAUGCAACUCGUAUUUGCACUCGUCCAGGAUACCGCAUCUUUGCGACCGAUUAUUGUGGGUACACACAAGGAUAGUUGCGGGGACUGGGGGGACGCUGUGAAGGUUUUACAUAAGGGCUUGUUGGACGAGGUUGGGGAAGCAGUGUAUAACACGUGGGUGCGUGCCGGACUUGAAACAGAGAACGGCGGCGAAGGUCGCGCCAUUUCUCUCGUCGCCGUUGAAAACAGAACUUCCCAAGAUGACCCUGAAGAGUCUGGAAUACAAGAACUGGAGCAAUUAAUCAAGCAGCGGUCGGCCGAUAUCCUAGCAUCAAGACAGGAAGUACCACUUCGCUGGAUAGCGUUCGUCGAGGAAACAGAGAGAAGGCGUCCUGUUGUUCUGAACAAGAACGAUAUAUCGAAUUUUGUAGAUGGUUUUCCAGGGUUCAGUACAAAAAAAAAGGAGCGAGAGCAGGACGCGUUACAAGCACUGCGACAUUUUAACAGCCAUGGGAGGAAUGUCUUGUUUGAGCUAUCAGAAGAAGAAUUUUAUGUUUUCCCUUGUCCUGAUGUCAUGCUUGACUUUGUCCGGCGGGUGACUGGACCCGAGGCUUUGGUGCGAGAAAGAUUGAGUCAAAAAAACGAACGAAUGCUGGCAAAGGGAUUAGUGACUUUUGGAGGUCUGAGAGCGUUGUGGCACGAACACCCAAAGGAAACUUGCAACGUCAUGUGUGAUGUUUUAUGCAGCGUUGAUAUACUCAUGCGAGUGCAACCCGCUGAUGGCACCCCGGUACAUUCGGAAGACUUGAUUGCGAUACCGGCGCUGUUGCCGAAAGCUGGCAACUGGCUGCACUGUGCGAGCCGACCUGGCGAGUCGGAGGUACGGUUAGUUACUGAAUUUGUAGAUGCAUUUCCCCCCGGUCUGAUGAGUUGCCUAAUCAGUCAUCUUUACAAAAAGGUAGGAAGGGCUACCGCAAAGGUGGGGUUGGUUGGUUCAAAUGCUGCGGUUUUGACAGCGAGGGUUGAGCUAAAAGAAACUGGACGUGUGGUGGUGUCAUUCGUGAGUCAAAAACGGCAUAUUGAAUGGAAGGUGUUUGCGCAGGAUCCUGUGAGUGUGGCGCGGACUUGUGUGACGGCGGUAGAGGAGUUUUCAAGCAUGCCACUCAGAGGCAAGCGGUUUCGUAUGAAGCACUUUCUGCGGACGAAGUGCCGCUUAGACCUCAACGGGUGCGGUGGAGAGUGGACGGCUUCCUUUCAGUUGCCCGGAGAUUGGGUCGAGAACGAUACAAAGGCGAGAUUGCCGAACCUCGAUGGCGAAUGCGCUUCCCCAUGUGAGGAGGCGUGGAGGCUUUGGGAGCUGAUGCCUGAAAUUGUGGAAGAUUGUCGUCCUGAGGCGUCGGGGAUGAUGCAGCAGAGUUCUAAAGUGGUUCGAAUGGAGGCCAUGGAUGUAUUCAUAAGCCACGCUGGGACUGACAAGUCGUUUAUUGCAGGGCCCGUGUUCCAUGAAGUACAGAAAGAAGGAUUGAACUGCUUCCUCGAUAAGGCGCGGAUCGAGCCUGGGGAUACAGGAUCGGAUGAAAUGACAGCAGCUAUGGAGUCGGCCAAGAUUGGUGUCUUCAUUCUAUCCCCCGAGUUUGCCGCUCGGAGAUGGACGAUGAGGGAAUUACGAUGCUUCUUAUGUCGAAGGAGAGAAGCACGGAGAACUGGGGUGAUGCCUCCGACGAUUCUGCCAGUGUUUUAUCGGCUGAGCAUUUGCGAAUGCCGAGAUUUCAAGCCUGAGCAAUACGUGGAUGAAAAGGGAAAGAGUCUUUUUGAACGAGAGAAGUUCUACAGUGCAGAGAGACAAAAUGAAGCGACGAUGGCGAUGGUGAAAGCCGAGCUUCGAGAGAUAACAGAGAUAACUGGGAUUGAAAACAUGGAGUGGGCAUCUAAUAAUGUGCAUGAUCUACUUGCGCAUGAUUACCGAGAGAGGCUUGUGAAACGAAUUGUGAUGUGGGUCAGAAAGAAAUGGGGAGAGUAUUGGCAGCAAGAAAGGGCAGUGUGAAGGUAAAUCUGAAGGGUCUUUAUAGCGUGUACCCUUCCCCGCUCCCGACCGACACGAACUCCCGUCCAACACCGCCGACUGGCAGCGCUCCUUCAUUGACGGAACGCAUGACACCGACCCCGACUACCUCCUCAAUCAAGGGCGCACAAGCAGACCCUCGCUCUGCACGCAGAGCACGAAUAUCCACUCCAGUGGCGUGGGGAACACAAGAUGGAGGGGUCGCCGCAAACGAUAAGAAAAACGGGCCAGGGUGGGCGAGCACGACGAGGAAGGAAGGCGUUAAACGGGGAAAACUCGGAGAAAUGCACGAGGGGAUACGCCGCCCACGUCGACGACUUCGCCAGCCUGCUCGCUGCAGGAAUGUGCGCCGGCACGCUGGCGAGUGGCGUGCGACGAAUACGGGGAAGCAGAGCCAAGCGAAGAGUUCUCAUCGCUCGGGCGGAGGAACCUCGCGGUUUACGCACGCGGAAACGCCGACUUCGGGCCCGCGGCCUGGCCAUCCCAACCAACGCCGACAACGCGCUCUUCCCGCGCCCCGCCGCUCUUCUGCACGCCGGGGAGUGGAGGGCGCCGCACCGCACCGCAUGAGGUUCCCACGACGAGGUACCACGCCGAGGCUGCCGCGCGAGUGCGCGGUGCCAUCGAGAGAGUAGGGAGAGGUUAAGUCGUUAAUACAGGGUUGUUCCAACCACGCUGGCUGCAGCUAGCACGCCUUCCUGAACUGCUUCGUUUCACGGUCUACGUGAUCGAAAGCAUGCGUCGGACCUUUUUGCAAGGUACGCGACGAGGAACCGCCAGAGUCGAGGACGGAGAAACGGACCGGAACUUCGGUGACCGUACUGCACCUACGAGGCGAGGUCGCUUGAAGGCCCGAGCCAUUCUCGUAGUACCCGUUUACGCCGGCAGCGUCCGCGCACGCCGCAACACGGGGAACACCGCAGAUGAGGACUACAGCUCCCGUUCCGCGAUCAUGUGCGAACACCCCAGGGGGGGUCGGACAUAUCUCCAGUACGCAUCGGGUGGCACGUGUGAAGCCAUGGGCUCGUGGCCAGACCGGAGCGAUCCCACCCCAUCCGACGCCGGCCCCGACCACACUGGCGGACUCCGUCGAAAAGCGGGGGACCUCGGGAAAGGAACCCGGCGACCCUAAUUUAGAUGUGACACGGGAGGAGACGGACACGGGUUUUUGUCAUUGCCCGAGUAGCCGCUGUCCCCAAUCAAGCCGGUGCGGACGCACGACCGCCGAGCGGCAGCGGAAGCCGGCGACGUACGCGUCGAAACGCACUCGGAGGGUAUGACGCACGGGAAGCAACGUCCCCUCCCGCACCGUCGGUGUACCGACCGAGACGGAACGUUUGCGUGUUUGCGUUGCACCACGGACGGUAACGGUAGUAAUGCUCCUCUCUAUUGAGAGGAGCACUACUGUGUACAGUGCACGAAAAACUAAAGAGCACCCCCAAAUGGUGAAUGCAUUGGGGUGCCCAAAGUUCCAUUCAAAUGGAAAAACUGCUCAAAGGCAUUGAUUCUAUGUUGCAUAUAAAAGAGCAAAAUUUCGCAUU